UCGCUGGAGCUCACUCAGUAGUCAGUUGUUAUCGAGCGUUACUUGAAGUUGGUUGGUUGGGCUGUCCACUGCCAGGCUGUGUGUUGUUGUUAGUGUUUAGUAUUAGUAUUAGUCGUGUGCGCGCUGCGAAAAUCUGAGCACCUCAGCCAUCUACUCCCCCCGCUCUGCUCGCGUUGUCGCCGCCACUGCCGUCGUCUUUGCUGUCAGUUUCAAUUGUAUUAUUUUUCAAAACGGAAGAACAAUAAUAAACAACAAUCCGGAAAUGGAUUACAUUGUAAAGGCCUACAAGGACUGGAAAUUGCAUUCGCAAUUUCAAGAGAUCGUGCCUGAUAUGGAUGACACCGAAUUCAUGUUCAACGAAAAGCAAUCGAUACGCGACUCUUCCCGCACCCUCAAGAAGUACGGUAGUACCUGCUGCAACAGCAUGAGAAACAAUGAAAUCCUUAUACGACACACCGUGGAAAAAACGGAUACAUUACAAGGAAUUUCCUUAAAAUAUGGCGCAACGACGGAGCAAAUACGACGCGCCAAUCGCCUCUUUGCCUCGGACAGUUUGUUCUUGCGUCAGUUCCUGCUGGUGCCAGUGGAGAAGACAUCACCCUACUAUCUGCAGGCAAAUGGUGGGGAAAUGCUUGCCGAUGCACUUGCCUCUCCGCCCACCACACCGGAUGCCAACGUGCAACGUGAGGCGCUCAACAAUGCUAACAAUUUAAGUCAAACAAAUAGCUAUAAUAGCGGCGGCAGCAGCAACAGCUGCAACACCAACAUCUCGAGCAGCUCGUCAAGCACACGUUCCGGUCCACUGCACAGUGCACCACGUCCAUAUUCGAUUGCCGGUGAACUGCUCGUCCAGGGCAGCGAUGAGGAUCCUGCAAUGAUGAACAAUCAUAAUGCGUGCAGCAGCAAGCAGAGCAAAUCUCUGGACUCUGUGGCAGCCAUGUCGCCCGAAGAGGAGAAUCGCAAGUGUAUGAAUGACUUUCUCAAUAAGAUAGACAACACUAUUUCCGAGUCACGCAAAUACGUCGAGCGUUCCAAAGAUCUGGUCAACAGUCAGAGCGAUGCGGACAUUUGCAUCAGCGCCAGCACUGAUGUAUUUCCGCAGCGUCGCAAUAAUCAGCUAAACAACUCCUACAAGAACAACAACAAUCGUCCUCCGCAUCAUCAGCGUCACAGUUCGACGGGCAGCGGCAACUCGGACACAGCGCAGCUCCUGAACACAACACAAACGCGUCGCGUGCAGAAUUCACUGAAGCGUCUCGAGAAGCAACAGGAUGAUUUCUUUGAAUUGUAGCAGCUUGUCGAGACGUCAUUGGAUAUAACACAAGCGCUACGUCGUUAGAUCUAGUUUAAUUACUGUGAAUGAAAGAUAGAGAAAGAGUUAAUUUUACAAAUUGUUUUUAAUUGCUGCGCAUUGAGGGAGCAAACACGAAAUGCUGCACUAAAUGUAAAUUAUAUACUACAUACACAUACAUAUAUAUAUAUAUACGUACACUACCUUUAUGAUUAACGAAAGAAAAAAAAAAGAGGAACCUAUGUUAUAAGCGCUGCGCUAUUUAAACCUGUACUAUAUACUACUACAUACUAUCGUAUGAUACGACGACUCAGUUGUCGAAUGUUUUGAUCUUAUUGUUAAUCCAAUUGUCAGCCCUUUGUAAUUGCCGCCAAUUUGCUUGCAAAGUCUGCCCCCGACCCCGCCUAUCUUCCUAUGUCUCCCCUUACACCCUUUAUUAUGAUUACUUUUUGUAUGACUAGCUUUAAUUACUCGUUUAAUUUUAAAACUUAGUUAUGAGAGAAUUAUUAAUCUUAAUUCACAAUAGCAUAGAACUAUGUAACACCUAAAUGACUGCUCUUUGCAUUAUCGAUUGGCCACUAUUGACUAUUUAUUUGUUUAGCUAACAAUAGUAAUUAAUUUAAUGUGAAUUGUCUACACACAAAACCAGUUUGUGCAAUCGAAUUCCAUGUUCAAACUCGUUCGUUCACACGCCCAUCCAAUCCAGCCGCAAAACCUUUCCUAAGGCCAAACAAACUGCAAAAUCAAGUUGUAUUAGAAGAUUUUAUAACUAAAAUAAAGUAAGAAUGUGUUAGAAA